CCGAGAGCUACACAGUAUCGAUACACACGGGUUCUGUUUGCCGGCGUUGCGUCGUCGUCAGUGUAUUUUCGAAGCGAACGUUCCGUCGAUCUGCUUCGUCGUGUCGUUUGUUGUGCUGCCGUGUUGCUUGAUUCGAGUGCGUGCUUCCGUUUGCUGCUGUUGAUCCGUGUUGCCCGCGCGUGUGUAGGAUGAAGGAUCGUUGUCCGUGAGCUUACCCGGUGAAAGCUUCUCGAUCGCAAACGGGAUUUUUUCGAGUGAAGUUGAGUUGUUUGAAAGGGAGCUCUGUUUUUACAACAAGUGAAGAUCCGCAGAUUGUUGACAUUGCGGUGCCCUCGAGUGACCGUGAAAAUCAGUGCCUAUUUGGAUGAAACUCGAUUUGCGACAAGUGGGAUUCGCAACAAGUUUGAAGAUCGAACAGGCUGUAGCACGAAACCCAUCAUAGAAGGCUAAUCGAUGCCUUCGGAUGUACAAUGAACCGUGAAGUGUGGGCGACAAAAGCUUUCGAUGCCUUUUAAGGAAAAUUGAAUGAUAAUUUAUCAUCUACUGGAAAAGAUCAAAUCGAAGCAGUCCAGUGUAACAUCAAAGCAACCACCUGGAUGUAACCUUGUAGAAGAAAACCUCAGUGACAGUGAUCAACCCCAAACAAAAUCUACUAACAAUCCUUCGGAAAGCUUAAAGAAGAAGAAAAACAGUGAUUUACUAAAAAUUUUGAGUGAUACCAACUUAUUGAUGUGUUAAAACCAAACGGAACCUUUGAGGAAGGUCUCUGAAAGAUCUCAACUAAUUGUCCGCGGGCUUCGGUUCCGUUCGAUGAUGUUGAUAGGGUCUGCCAUCGGGAGUGAGUUCGCCCAGCUGCCAACGAGUGGAACCGCCCCGUGGAGUAUGGAACCCCCGAGGGUGCCCGGCGGAGGUGGAGGUGGUGGCGGUGGACUGCAGCCGGGAGCCGGUGCGUUGCCACCGCCCCCGCCAACCGGGCUGCAGUUGUCACCUACCGUCGCCCUUUCGCCAAACCUGCCCUCACCGGGAGCCGUCCAGGCUCCACCGCCAACGACGAACCUCUUUGGGGCAGCUGCCGCUGCGGCAGCCGCAGCCGCCGGAAACCCUGCCAACGCACACACCCUCGCAGGACUGGUGUCCCAACACCGGCUACUGGAGCUGUCCCGCUUCGGGAUGCGCGGCUACGAGCUGGCCCAGCAUAUGCUCACCCAGCAGGGCGCGGUAUCCAAAUUGCUAGGUACCCUGCGACCACCGGGAUUGAUCGGCGGUUCCAAGCCAAAAGUGGCGACACCGGCCGUCGUCUCCAAAAUCGAACAGUACAAACGGGAAAAUCCGACCAUCUUUGCCUGGGAAAUUCGCGAACGUCUCAUCUCGGAAGGUGUCUGCACUAAUGCGACCGCCCCCUCAGUUUCGUCGAUCAACCGGAUCCUGCGGAACCGGGCGGCCGAAAGGGCAGCGGCCGAGUUUGCCCGGGCCGCCGGCUAUGGGCUGUACCCACCGCCACCAUAUGCCGGGUUUCCGUGGCCAGGUCCUACGCAUCUGUGGCCUCCGGGCCAGGGCCAAGGGCUGCCGGGAAUGACCCCACCCGGAAGUAGUAGCAAUUCGACGCCGGUCACCAUGGGAUCGCCGAGUUCCGGGUCCCACGAUACCUUGGGAAGUCCCGAUGGCAAUCGGUUUGUUGAUAUCGAAGGUGAAGACUCGAAUAGUUUAGACGGCGAUCAACCAAAGUUUCGGCGAAAUCGGACCACGUUUUCGCCCGAGCAGCUGGAGGAGCUGGAGAAAGAGUUCGACAAGUCCCACUACCCCUGUGUGAGCACCCGGGAGCGUUUGGCCUCCAGAACUUCACUGAGCGAGGCUCGCGUUCAGGUUUGGUUUUCCAACAGACGGGCGAAAUGGCGACGUCAUCAAAGAAUGAAUCUUUUAAAAAGGUCCAGUUCGCCGAGUUCCCGAGCGGGGGCAGCAAGUUCCGCUUUCACCCCUGGAUCCCCACCGCCUCCGGGCCAGGGCCAGGGCUCGGGGUCAGCUUCGGGCAGCAGCAGCGGCAUUCUCCACCAGCACCACCAUCCCUCCUCGUCCCAUCUGGCCGGACUCACACGAUCGACCUCACCGCAUCAUCUGGGAGUGGGACAGGCUCAGGCAGCGGCAGCAGCAGUGGCAGCAGCUCAGGCGGCAUCAUUAGUCACAGCAUCAACUCCAUUAUUAAUGGGCGGUGAGCACAGUGCAUUCCGAUCCCUGGUCCCGACCUCGGCGGCAGCUCUCUUCGCCGGUCUGUCCCGUUCAUAUGCGGCGGCCGCAAAUACAAGCUGCAGCUCGAACCAAUCAGCCAGCCCCAUCCCCAGCGAGUCGGACGAAGAAAUCAACGUUCACGAGGAUGACUCGGACAUUGAAGUCUCCAGCCGCAACGGAGAAGGAUCUACAACACCCCUGCAGCUGACCAAACACGAACGGCGCUAAAAAUCGGUAUAGUACCCUCACACACACUCUCAAAACAUUCCCCCUAGUUAUUUUGUAAAUAACCCAAAAAAAACUGUCCCUCAUCCAAAUGCGUACAAACUUUAACAAUACCUAAGUAGGCAUUCUAUUCUCGACAUGGUGCAAUUCGGACAGCGCUUUCCUCCAUCAUUGACUGACUGAUAGACCGACAAAAACAACCAAUAUGGCCGACACCGAAAUCCAUUUCCCCGGACACCCAUUCGCGUUACAAUGUGUCGUUUGUCCGCACUCAAUAAUGUGUGCGGAAACCUUACAAAUCAUUUCUUCACCCAUCGUCGUCGUCGUAAGGCGUAAGCACGAUUACCCCUCGGUUUCUGGUCUGUUUAGGUUUUUUUUUUCUUAGAUUUUUCGUUUUUCGUUCUCCCCUACGUGGGUAAAUUACCCGCAUCGAAUUCCUACAAGUCCACAACAGUCAGUGGACGACUCACUCCCAUUCCUACUUUGAAAUAACAGCAAAAGCUGAUAAAAAUACGCGGAAUGUAAUCGAGCUCCGCUUUUGCUGGCUUUGCGUGCUUGCUUGCUUGCCACCGGAUUACGCCCUGUUCCCGGCUUUGGUGUAAUGGUUGCGGACUUAGAGGGAGGGGCCCUUUUCGAUUAGUGACGGACGGCGACGCUGCUGAAAAUGUGGCGCCAUCUGGCCUUCACUACUUCCGUUACUCGGAUUAGUUUCGUUAUAUUUGGAUAUAUCAAUGCUUUUAAGUUCGGAAAACUGGGUUACUAAAUUUGAAAUAAAAACAAAAACAAUAAAAAAAAAUAGCACUAAUUGCAAUCCACAGAUGCAGAUCUCUUGAAAAAAUCUUGUGAAAAAAAGUCCAUGUGUGUAUGGUUUCCUACACUCAAAACUAAACUUAUCCAUACUGGUAAUGAUGUAUUAUGUAGAUUUUUUUUGUGCAGUGUUGUUUUAAGAUCCCUAGGCUUUGUGGUUCUGGAACUUAUUCUGAAAUUCAAAAUCAUUAGUAUUUUUUCUCAUUUUUUAAAUACCAACUUAGGCACAGUUUCUGAUUUCACUCUUUUUAACGAAAAAGUUUUUCAUCUCAUCUUUCAAUUUCCUUUAUGACCGAAAAGAUUAUUUUUUAGACAGAACUUCGUUUUGAAGCACUGAUUGCAAUGAUUGCAAUCAACAGAUGCAGAUGCUUUCAAUCUAAACGUAAAGUUUGGAAUGUUAUUUGAAGUUCAAUCUUUGCUUCUCGAUAAAAUUUAUUUAUUCAAAAAAUAUCAUGAAUAAAUUUUUAUGCGUGUAUGGUUCCCUACACUCAAAAUAAAACCCAUUUAAAUUGUUAGUGAUGUGUUGUGAAUAUUUUCCUGUCCAGUGUUGCAAUUAUAAGAUGAUUAGAUUUUGUGGCUUUGGAACUUGUUUAAAAAUAAACUUCCAAUUCUUCAUGAUUUCCUUAUAAGUGUAUUUAUAUCUCAAAUUUUAAAUACAAACUUAAGCAUACUGGUUUUAAUAUCAAGUUUUGUAUGAGAAAUUGCAAAGAAAAUUCUUUAUUUCAAAAGUUUUCAAUUUUCAUUUUUAAAUUUGCUUUCAGACAGAAUAGAGCUUUUUUAGCGAGAUCUUAUUGCCUUGAAAAAAAACCUUUUUUGUAAACUUAUUAAAUUAUUCACAUUUUUUUGAACUAAUAAAAAUUGGAUUGCUAGGAUAUUUUUAAUUUAAGUUUUUAUUUAAAAACUAAAAGUGUUCUUAUUGAUAAAAUAAGUUUUCAUCAAUUUAUUCAACCUACAUGAUUGGUAGAAUUUAUCAUCAAGAAGGCCAUGACUAGCUGGAAACUGACGUGCUUUUUUCGCUCCUUCGGUACAAAUUUUUGUAUUACAAUAAUAUUCCGUUAUUGUUUUCUAUUUAAUAUAGAGUAAUUGUUUUUCGAUCGAAUGAUCAGCUAUAUUGGUAAAAGAAGCAGACCUUUGGAAGAAUUUAACUCUUAACGAUACGUAUUAGGUGUUGUGGUAUUAAAUAUUUACAUUUACAGCUGACUGUGAACUGAAUUUGAUGCAUGAUUUGAGAAGUAUACUUAGGUUGCCAGAUUGCCCGAUAUUAUCCGGGUUUGCCCGGAUAUUUGAUACUAAAUAUCAGAGGUCGGCAUUAAAACGCUAUUCGCUUGUUAGUCCGCUACAUUUUUGAUUUAAUAUUUAUUUUUUAAAUUUAUUUCUGAAGAACUUACGGCUCAAAAAACUCCAUCACUUUAUAGAAAGUAACAUUUAUCGACAUUCCUACUUGAAUAAUUGCACCUAGUAGAGUUUGUUUAUCCUUUUUUUUUUUUUUCAACUGAAAUCACGUAAAAACAUAAAUUUGUCGACAAAAAAGUAGCGACUAAUUAGCGAUAAGCGAUUUAACGCCAGACACUCGAAAAAAGCAUGUAUCAGCAUUCUUCCUUGACUGAUUCAAGAGGUGAUGUUUGUCUAUCUGCUGGUACAAAAGUUGGGUGAAAAAAUAGAUUAAUACGAUAAUUAUCUAACAAAAACGGAGCAGACAAAUUAGCGAUAAGCGCUUUAAUGCCGAACACUGCUAAAUAUGAGAACAGUCCGACCCAGCCCGGUUGCCCGGAUUUAAUUGAAAAAUGCCUGGAUUUUGUCCGGAUUUUUUCACUUUAUUUGGCAAGUCAAACAAAAAUAAAUAAAUUGUGUAGAGAACAUUUUUUGUUUAGCGACCAAUACAAAAAAUUUCGAGCAGAUUUUGCAAAAAUAAUCAUGAAAGGUUUUUUUGAUGCCUAAAAUACGAUUCAAAAUCUGUUUAUGAGUUUUGAUGAAAAAAAUAUUUUUUUUCAAUUUCUCAAUUUUUAAUUUUUUGGUCGUCAAUUUAGAAAUAAAAAAAAAGGAAAAAUAUUUUUUUCAAUUUCCCAAUUUUCAAUUUUUUUGGUCGUCAAUUUAGAAAUGAAAACAUUCUGGCAACCUUACUCUAGACUUAAAUCAACAUUCACAUAAAUUAUACCCGACAUUGUAAUUGCCCGUCGAAAAAAAGAUCGGUUCCGUCCAUUAAUGCAAACAAGAGUUGUGUUUAUUUUUUACGUUGCAUACAUUUGACAGUGAUUAUGAUUUAUCUUCUUCUUUACUCUGGCUUGGAGCGGGGAGCUCCUAAUGGAGGACCAGUGGUGACUGAGACUAUAUGCCCAGUGAUUUUUUUUAAAGGUGAUAUUUUGAUCAAAUUGGGUUAAAAAAAACCUGAAAAAACAUUGAUUGAAGAUGUAUAUUUUUUUUUUUUUGUUAAACUGGUUUUUUUUUUCUCAGAAAAACAUUGGUAAUUAAUUAUCUAUGUUUAAGUCCCAUGUAAAAUUUCAGUUUUUAUUCCUUGUAUAGAUUUGUGCAACAACGUAAAAUCCAUAAAUCUUCAUUUUGGAAGAUCAUAGGAAAACUUAAAAAUAUUGAGAGUCAAAAAGUAGUUUUUUUUUUAAUAAAAUCUUAAUUUUUUUUUUCUGUGCAUGAUUUUCUACACUCAAACAAAAUUUACCUAAAAUAUACAUAACACCCCAUAUAGAUUUUAUGCAUAAAAUAAACGUAAAUUGGAAGCGGAGAUUGCAGGUUCAUGUCCUGCCGUUGAGCCAUUGUAUCUUUUUCGAAACGUAAAUUCAUAUAACCGUCACGUGAAGUUCACUCACAUUAUUGCCUGGACAAUUUUACAAUACUGUUUAUGUUAUUAUCGACAGUCUCUGUUGUUGUUUUUUCGAUGUUUAAGUGAGUUUUAAAUGAAUUCAAUUUGUUCAAACAACUUUGUUUUUCGAUUCAGCAAUAACAAAUAAGCUUGAAAUGAAGUUUGUCUUCCAAAAAGUUGGAUUUUCUUACUCUUGAAAUUCAUUUUUUGCUAACAUGAGAAGACGCUAAGUAUUUCUUAACUAAAGUUCUAACCAUUUCGAAGUAAAAAAUUCUCAAUCUAUUGACAAGUUCAGGUUUAAAAUGGCAGGCUUUGCUUGCUAGACCUUUAAUAUUUUUAUGAAAUCUUUUUCCAAGAUUAUAAUUCAACAAAAUCAUUGGCCAUGCCAAAUCAGUUUUUUUUCGUUUUUUCAUUUUUUUAUUUCUAUUUUACAAUUUAUAAAUGUUGUUAAACACGCUAAAAUUUCGAUUUUUUUGUGUAUAACAUCUCGAAUAUUAACAUUUUCUGAGGUAUAAGUUGGGUAUGUGAUUUGUUUAAAUAAAAUAUGCUGCAAGAAUCAAGAAAUAUUUAAAAUUGCAAGUUUUUUUUUUCAAACUUUCAGUACAUCUCUGGUGAUUUAAAAAUGAAAAAUUUAGUUUUCUCGUAUAAAUUUCCCUAACAAAUCAAAACUCGUGGCUCCAACUCAGGACUACAUGAAUUGCCUUCAAAUUUUGUGUUGCUUUUUUGACAGUAAAACAAAUAAAAAAGUUGAAGUUGUGGGAAGUGUAUAAAUAUAUGAUGUUUUUUAUAUAAAGCUGUCAGCGGUUUAGUGAAGAAUGUUUUAAAAUGUAGGUGAAUUAAUACUUUUGAAACAAAAAACGUUAGGUACUUGAUUGUUUUUGAAUUUCGUUCGUAAAUAAAUCUUAAAUUAAAUUCAGUAAACAGAAAAAUUCUCUUUUAAAUAGGUUUUUUUUUUCAUUUCAAAAGACCAUUUUUUUUCAGUGCGUGCAUAUGAUAGCAUGCAAAAUUUUGUUUUUCAAGCUCUAGUUGAAAAUGGCAAAUCGAAUUUGUACCGGAUAUCAUACCAGUUAGUAUCAAAUUUAAUAUGAUACGUCAUGGAAAUUAGGCAGAAGCAUAUGUGAAAUCCUUCUUUUUUCUCUUUGAGUUUAAACAUCACGAGGAGAGGAUGGUUAAAAAUCAUUCAAACUUUCAAUGAAUUGGAACAAAUUAGACAAAAGCUUGCAUGUAAAACAAUCUACAUGACAUAAAAUUUGAAAAAAAAUCGGGUCUUAGAUUGAAAAUAAAAAAAAAAACAAAACAACAAACUACACAAAACCAAGAAAAAUCGGAUUUUUUUAGAUCGAAUAUUUGAAAAAAUCUCGAUUAAAAAAGGUGAUACAAUUCCUAUCUUCUACAGUUUGGCUGUCUAUAGAAAAAAAAUUACAAGCCAUCAAAAUAGACAUUGUAGUCCCUUGUUAUUAAAAUUUGGUUCGAAUCUUUAGAUAUUUUGAUAGGUACAUUUUUGAAAAAAAAACUGCGAUUUCAGGUAGAAUUUGAUUGGAAAUAAUUUUGAGUGCAGAAAGUUAUGCACUCAGAGAUACAUUAAAAAUAUUUCUCGUACCGUUCAAAAAGGCCGGAAUGAAUAUAAAAUUCUUCUUUUGCUUCCCCCCUGUCAUUUUCCAAAAAUCCAGAAGAGAGAAAUAAAUAAAGUUUAAGGACUUUUAAUUGAAAAAAAUUAUAUUUUUUUUCGAAAAUUCAAACAGUUGACUGUUUUAAUUUUCGUUACAAAUAUAACAAUUUUCAAUAAAACUUUCUUAAUAUUCUUUUUCCUCCUUUUGGAUUUUCGCAAAACAGAUGGUGGAGGGAGGGGGGGGUGGUUUACAAAAGAAGAAUUUUAUAUUUAUUCCGGCCUUAUUUAAAGGAAAAAGAAAUAAUUCUAAUGUAAACUUUUCAAGUUUUUUCUCUGAGUGCAUAACUAUCUGCACUCAAAAUUAUUUCCUAUCAAAUUCUACCUUAAAUCACGGAUAUUUUUCCCACCAAUUUAUCUAUCAAAAUUUCUAAAGAUUCGAAACAAAAUAUUAAAAACGAGGGACUACAAUGUCAAUUUUGAUGGCUUGUUACUUUUUUCCUACAGUCAUCUGAAAAGUUUUCCUGAAAUUUUUCCUAAUUUUUCAUUAUAACAUUUUUAUGACUUUCUUAUCAGUUGUUAUUUUGAUACCAUUUUUAAAUCUAAUGACAACAAAAGGUGUCCAAAAAUGUAAUUCGGAUUCAGUUUUUUUCAUAUGAAAAUUUUAAAUUCACACAACGAGAACUCAGAUCUCGAAUCUUUUUCCUUUUAUCCGGUUCUCUUUUUUUUAUUCUGUAUCAUCGAUAAUUCUUUGGAUUGGAUUUUUUUUUUAAAUUACAAUGAAAAAACAUAUGGUUGUUGUUGGUCUUUCACGAAUUUUCGCUGAUGGAGGAAAGCUGUCUUGAAACAAAAGUGUAAUUAUUGCUGUAAAUUUCAAUCGAAUUCGAAUCUCCAAACAAGCAAGAGGCAAACCUUAGAAUUAUGUUCCUUCAUCCCAUUUUCCCCUGUCCCAAAUCUACUGUAGUAAAAAACACCAUCAAAUAUAUCAAACAAAAGUACUACUACUAUAAUAGACCUCUAGUAGCUAUGGCCCGAAUCUGAUUUGUAUCAAACAAACUAGUACUAUUAGUGAUAAUUUGUGUAAAUAGUUAGAAACUUCCUCAUUAGCUACUGUGUAAUGAGUUCGUCACCCUUUAGGAUAUUUAUCAUGAAGGGGCGAACGUUUCGCGUGAUAGCUAACUAAGUAGUAGAAGAUCAAGAAGCCCCACACACACCUCACGACAAAGCCUAGGCGCUAAUCAGGCUCGGUUUGCGCGAAAGUCAUGUAAAACGACGACUCCAUCCAUUCGAAGACAGAAAGAAAAGUGCAAACACAACCAGCAAGUCCAAUCUAAAUCCAUAAAUUAAUUAAAUUUGCAAGCAAAGAGUAGGACUGGUACUGAACCCGACUUAGAGGAAGUCAAAAGAGCGUGAAAAAAUCGGAUGCAAAAAAACAGAAUAAGCGCACCCAACUCGGACUGGGUUGGAUUGAACGAACGUUACGCAGUGUCGAGCAACAAUCACACAAGGCAUGUUAGGCAAAGUAUUAAGUUUUAAUUAAAUUAUCCUAUUUUAUUCAGAGGCGAUAAGAAAAACACAACAAAAGCAAACUUCUAAAGUAUAGGUAGGUACGAGUGAGCGAGGGUGUUGUAAAUAUGAAGCAGGCAUGAUUUAGUGCGAAUGUGGAAAAUUGUAAACAGAAAAAACUGAACGAUCUGAUUGGCUGUUAGCUUAAGUAGUAAGACAGAGAUGCUAAGUUUUCAACAAUGUAACUGAGAAAAAAUACACUUCAACACGUCAUUAUCAUCAAAAGCAGCAAGCAACAAGCAGUACUAUUAGCAAUGUACAUCAAAAAGUAGCGGUACCUAAACAUCGAUGUCGAUUAAGAAAAUUUGUGUGUUAUUAGUCGUUAAGUAAAUGAAAUUUAUUUUAAAACCUAUUGUAAAGCCUAGGCAAAAGUAAUGGUCGAAGAUAA